AUGGUCCCCAGGGCUCUUGUUCCUUUCCUCGUCACCAUGAUGUUGGUGACGGGGGUUUGCAAUACCCUCCUCACCAAGUAUCAGGACAUGCAAUGUGUGAGGAACUGUGACUCACCGGAUCCCAGCAAACGGGUUGCCUUUGAGCAGCCGGUUCUCCAGACACUCCAGAUGUUUGUGGGAGAAAUGGGAUGCUGGCUUGUCCUUUUCUGCAUCGACAUCUGGAAGGGCUUCAUUGCACGUCGAUUCUCCUCCGCCGCACCACUAUUUACAGACGGAUACCAGUCCAUCGAUACCGCUGACGAGGCUGAUGACGAGACUGGUGACAUACAUAAAGCUGAGGAAGAUACAAGGACACAACUGAGUGGAACGAAGAUCUUACUUCUUGCUCUACCAGCUUGCUGUGACAUCACUGGCACUACGCUGAUGAAUGUCGGUCUUCUAUUCGUUGUUGCUAGUAUCUACCAAAUGACUCGCGGUGCCCUCGUGCUGUUCGUCGGUCUGUUCAGCGUCGUCUUCCUCAAACGAAGGCUAUAUUUCUACCAAUGGUUUGCCCUGGUUUGCGUCGUUCUCGGUGUGGGUCUAGUUGGCCUGGCUGGUGCCAUCUUCCCUGACCAUCAUAAACCCCCGGUGGACAUCGUGCCCGGCGACGCCGAUGCAGUUGCAGCUUUGAUCAGACGGGCCAGUGAAAUUAUCACAUCGGCUGAAAAACACGUCGAUCCCCUCCGAGUCGUUCUAGGUGUUUUCUUGAUUGCUUUUGCUCAAAUAUUUACUGCCUCGCAGUUCGUAUUGGAGGAGUGGAUCCUUGAGAAAUAUGCCAUGGAUCCAUUGAAGGUUGUUGGCUGGGAAGGAAUCUUUGGACUCCUGGUCACUGCUUUGGCAAUGGUCAUUUUGCACCUUACCGUUGGCGUUACUGAAAGUGGCAGACUUGGAUAUUUUGACGCUGUCGAGGGAUGGAGAAGCAUGACUAGCAACAAGACUGUUGCUAUAACCAGCAUCCUCAUUAUGAUCAGUAUCGGGGGCUUCAACUUCUUCGGUCUCAGUGUCACACGUUCCCUAUCUGCAACUUCACGAAGCACUAUCGACACAUCCAGGACCCUUUUCAUCUGGCUUGUGUCCCUCGGUCUCGGCUGGGAGACUUUCAAGUGGCUACAGGUCCUUGGUUUCGCCAUGCUUGUCUAUGGAACUUUCCUUUUCAACGAUAUCAUUACACCACCAUUAAAGGCUUGUCUACCUUCUCUUGAUGAAGAGACCCGCGAGCCACUUCUUCCCGAAGAGCCAAUCGAACAUAUAUAA